GGGCGGUGCGCUUUAAAGAAGAAAAAAUCUUCGCUCACGCAACUCGGUUUACCUUUCAAUCCAGCGACCUUUUUUUCGUGUGUGAAACGCACCCUAAGACAAUUGUUUUUCAAUACAUGAAAAAAGGACCCAAAAAACCCUAUCCGAACACAUCUUUUCCAGCGCUGUUGAGAAGCUUCCAUUUCUUCUUUUUCGCAUCCGGCAUCACGUUGGGCUAUACGCAGGAGCGAUUGAGGUAAAGCAAACCUCCCUCCCCCACUUUUUGCGGAGUAGAAAGCAGUCGAAGUACAGCGCCUCCAUUGCAACCAUCUCUCCUUUUUCGUUUUCAACACAGCAAACAUUUUCUUUUUCUUCUUCUUCCGCUGCGAGUAUUCAACAUUACUCGUUUUCCGUCGCUUGUUCUUCUCAUGACCGCCCGGAAGCUGCACUGCGCUGUCCCGGUGCCUUCGGACAUCGAGAUCGCUCAAAGCGUAGAGGCGCUUCCCAUCACCAGCAUCGCCGAGUCCGCUGGCAUUCUGCCCUCGGAGCUGAGUCCGUACGGCACCACCCGGGCCAAGGUGAAGCUGAGCAUCCUGCAACGACUGGAAGGCAGCCCGAAUGGCAAGUACGUCGUCGUGGCCGGCAUGAGUCCGACGCCGCUCGGCGAGGGGAAGAGCACCACAACGAUCGGCCUCGCCGAGGCCCUCGGUGCGCACCUCAACCGCCCGUGCUUCGCCUGCAUCCGCCAGCCCUCGCAGGGCCCCACUUUCGGCAUUAAAGGCGGUGCGGCCGGCGGCGGCUACAGUCAGGUGAUCCCGAUGGAGGAUUUCAACCUGCACGGCACCGGCGACAUCCACGCCAUUACGGCCGCCAACAACCUCCUCGCCGCCGCGCUGGACACCCGCAUCUUCCACGAGCGCACGCAGGAGGACGCCCCUCUCUACCGCCGCCUCACCAACGAGCUGAAGGACUUCACGCCUAUCAUGCAGAAGCGUCUGCACAAGCUUGGCAUCGACAAGACGGACCCGAAGGAGUUGACAGAGGAGGAGCGGGUGCGCUUUGCGCGUCUCGACGUGGACCCAGCGACCAUCUCGUGGCGCCGAGUCGUUGACGUGAACGAUCGUCUGCUGCGUGACGUCGAGAUCGGCCUCGGCAAGGCGGAGAAGGGCGUCACGCGCCGCACGGGCUUCGACAUCGCCGUCGCGUCGGAGGUGAUGGCCAUCUUGGCCCUCGUUGACGAUCUCGCCGACAUGCGGCAGCGCUUUGGUGAAAUCCAGGUCGCGAAGAGUAAGGCCGGCGCCACCGUGACAGCCGAGGACGUGGGCUGCGCCGGUGCCAUGACGGUGUUGAUGAAGGACACGGUGGAGCCAACGCUGAUGCAGACGCUCGAGGGCACGCCGGUGCUGGUGCAUGCCGGGCCUUUUGGCAACAUCGCCCACGGCAACAGCAGCGUUGUGGCCGACCGCAUCGCACUGAAGUUGGUGGGUCACGACGGCUUCGUGCUGACGGAGGCCGGCUUCGGGGCGGACAUGGGAUGUGAGAAGUUCUUCAACAUUAAGUGUCGCACGAGCGGACUGAAGCCCGAUGCCGCGGUGCUCGUCGCGACGGUGCGCGCGCUGAAGUUCCACGGCGGGGUGGAGCCGAAGAACGCGGGCACAGAGAAUUUGGAGGCGCUGCGCGCAGGCAUGAGCAACCUGCUGCGUCACAUCCGCAACAUCCGCAAGUUCGGCGUGCCGGUGGUGGUCGCACUGAACCAAUUCACGAGCGACACGGCAGCGGAGUUGGACCUGGUGCGGGAGCUGGCGACGCAGGAGGGCGGUGCGGCGGACGUUGUCGUCACGAGCCACUGGUCGAAGGGCGGCGCCGGCGCGGUGGACCUCGCCAAGGCACUCAUCAAGACGACGGAGACAACGCCGUCCAACUUCCAGCUGCUGUACCCCAGCAACGUCUCCCUCAAGGAGAAGAUCGAGACGGUGUGCCGCGAGAUCUACGGCGCGGCAGGCGUGGAGUACCUCAACGACACGGAGGAGAAGCUGGCCGACUUUGAGAAGAGUGGCUACGGCGAUUUCCCGGUGUGCAUGGCCAAGACGCAAUACAGCUUCUCGCACAACCCCGACCUGCGCGGUGCACCCACCGGCUUCACGGUGCCGAUCCGCGACAUCCGCGUGAACUGCGGCGCGCGUUUUGUGUUCCCGCUGUUGGGCGACAUCUCCACCAUGCCCGGACUGCCCACGCGGCCGGCGUACUACAACAUCGAUAUUGACUGCGAGACAGGAAAGGUGGUCGGGCUGUCGUAA